AUGGCCUUCGUCACCUUCGUCCCUAUCACCUCGGCUGCCGGAUCGCUGCCGACACUGCCAGCUCUCUCAGGCCCUUCCCCUCUGGGUCGCUCUUCGGGGGCCGAGCAGCAGUCGUCGUUGCCGGCGGCGGCAGCAGUCGCAGCUCUGGCAGCUGCAUCUGCUGUGGGUCGCCGGAAGGGCGCGCGGUCGCGGGUGCAGCGGGCUGCAACGGAGGUCGGCCGGCGUGGAGGCGUGCUCGCUGGCCUUGCUGCUGCUGCUGCGGUGGCCCGGCCGAAGCCGGCGGUGGCCGCGGAGAAGCUCACGAAGCAGACCGCAGAGAAGGCCCAGGCAGACAUCGAGCAGAUCAUCAAGGCUGAUCCGAACAAGGGGCCGACGCUGGUCCGGCUGGCUUGGCACUCCUCCGGAAGCUACGACAAGGUCUCGAAGACCGGAGGUUCUGGGCCCGGAACCAUCCGCUUCAAGGAGGAGCUCGCGCACGGGGGCAACGCGGGACUCGACAAGGCAGUCGCGUGGCUCGAGCCGGUGAAGCAGUCCAAUCCUAGCAUCAGCUAUGCUGACCUCUACACCCUGGCCGGCGUGACCGCCAUCAAGACGCUCGGUGGCCCGGACGUGCCGUGGCGUGCCGGGCGCGUGGAUUCCCAGAGCCCCAGCGACGUGACCCCCGACGGGCGCCUGCCCAACGCCUCCAACGGCUCCGAGCAGAAGGACGUCAGCCAUCUACGGGAUGUCUUCUACCGCAUGGGCUUCAAUGACCAGGAGAUUGUGGCCCUGAGCGGCGCCCACGCCCUCGGCCGCUGCCACGCGGAUGCCUCGGGCUUCGUGGGCCCAUGGACCCCGACGCCCACGACCUUCAACAACUUGUACUUCAAGCUCCUCAAGACUACCAAGUGGGAGGAGGGCUGCAUCACAGGGGAGACCUGCAAGAACCCUCAGUACCGCAACGUUGACACGAAGCAGUUCAUGAUGCUCCCUACGGACAUCGCACUCCUGAAGGAUCCCAGCUUCAGCAAGUACGUCGACCUCUACGCCGACGACCAGAAGGUCUUCUUCAAGGACUUCUCCAAGGCCUUCUCCACGUUGCUUGAGUUGGGCACGAAGGACCUCUACACCGUCGCUUGA